AUGUCGCAGUCCUCGACCUCGCUUUCGGCUGAGGCAGGCAAGGCCCUGGAGAGCUUGCAGGAAUUUGGUUCCUCGCCUCUCGUUCUCCCGGAGCACUAUGUCAACCCCUCCAUCCAGGUCAUGUCUUUGAUCACCUCUGAGCUGGGACAGCAAAUCAGCUCAGGCUACACCUGCCAAGUGUAUCUUCCAGCCCAGCCCUGCUAUUCCCCCUUCUCUGAGGUGCAACGCAUCGAUGUGUCGCGUGGCCCCGCCACCUUCCCGCUCCUCCUGGAGGAUCGAGAGCACUAUGUGAUCCGGACUGCCCAAGCCGGCUUCAGUGCGGAGAUUAAUCGAGAAAUUAUCAGGGCGGCUCGCAUGCCUGAGGUGGUGGUCCUCCAGACCAUCUUGGCCUGGGACCCACAGCACCUCCGAGUGCUCAUGCCUCGCCACUACCCGGUCCCGGUCUCUGCCCUGACCACUCGUCAUGUCUUUCGUCUCAUGCAAGACAUGCGCAGGGCGAUCUCCCUGCUCCAUGACCAUGACAUCAUACAUGCUGACGUUCGGCUGGCCAACAUCAUGAUCCGCACGGACCCGGCCAGCUUUGUCCUCAUCGACUACGGUGGCAGCAAGGAGACCAUCUGGCCGGUCCGUUAUGGCUACACUGUAGCAGGCCGUGGAGGUACCCAACACCGCCCUCCGGCUGAAUGCAUGAACGAAUGGUCGACCCCCUCACUGCGAGUUCCCUACCUCUGCGGCCGCAGCGACUUCCACCGCCUGGCCUGUACCAUCAGAGAGGAAAUUCUUGGCCAAAUGGCAAGCGAGGCUGAGCAGGAACUGGACAUGAUGCUUGACACCACCACGUGGAAGGUCAAGCCCAAUCCUCACAGCCUAUUCCCUCCUGGCUCGUGGCGUGACACUGCUGUCAACCCUACCAUCAUGCUGACAGCUCACCUGUGGACUGCUGAGGGCAAGUCACGCACUUGCACGACCACCUUCCGCUCGCCUUUGGAACGCAAGGGCAACUCCAACGGGCAUUUUGUGGACGAGCCGGACCAGCCCUCCUAUGAGCCUGGCGUCUCUCUCACGGCUCAGAUCAACACUGGCUCGUGGGAGCAUCGGGUCUUUCCCUGGCUGUCAUACCGUAACAGGGAUGGCAUGCUGGAGCUGGAGCCACCCAGGCCCACCUCGGAUGGACCCAGCCCCAGCGCAGACCCAGAGCAACGCUCUCCCAUCAGUGGGCAACGCCCAAGAGCCGCUCGUGCCGGGGCGAACAACUUCGGACUCAGCUCCGCCCACAACGACGCCUCCCUCCCCCAUGCUGACGGGUCUUCCCGCUCGUCCAUGCUCUGGAGCAACACGCUGGCACCACGGUACCCGGAGCAGAUGGCCUUUCCCGAGCGGCUCUCUCCAAUUCCAUCCCUGUCGCUCUACUUAGAGUACCAGGUGUCUUCAAUCUCCUUUUUUCAGGCAACGCCUGCAUACUGCGAGCAACGCUUGCUGGGUCGGGAGGUGCUCAAUGAGGCGCCGCCCUUUCUGGCUCUCGCUGACUCCACCUUCCAAGGCCUCUUGCGGCAGGGAGCCUCCCUCCUCCGUUCCUAUCCUGGACGUCCCUCCAUCCUAGGGGCCCUCGCGGCGGGGGAUUCCCUCCAGCCUCGUGACUCCCUGCCGGCUCCGAUCUUGGCCAAUGAGGGCUUCUUGAACUUCCUUCGGGACAAGCUCGAUGAGCCCGUCAAGUGUGCCACCUCCCAAGCAGUCUGCUAUGUGGAGAGGGCACGGCACGACUUCAACCUCAAGGACCACGAGUUCGCCUGGCAGAUCAUGGACCUCCACCAGCCCCCGGACCUGGACCUUUAUGGCCAGGACCCCACGCAUUUUCAGCAGUCCGCUGAACUGCCUGCUAUUGGGCACCACAGCGAGCUGAAGGAGGCACCCGAAACCCCGCAGGGCAACGCCCCCCAAACUCCAGUUACCUCUCCUUUUGCGGGUGGCCUGGGACACGGGGAUACGCAGCAGACGCCGCACACCCCUCCACCUUUUCUGCCUGUCUUCCUGUGCUGCUCCUGGAACGCGACCCAGGGCAUGAUACAUCAAGAGAUGUUAGCCACCCACGCGCUCAUCCGAGCUUCUACCCUGAGAGAGUUGCUGAUCGUGGCGGCCAGCCAAGCCAACUUCCCCAUUGAAAAGACGUACCACCUUACGGUGCCGGCUGGACGAACUCCCUUUGGGCAGUUUCCAAUUCCGCAGCGCCUCGUCCAAACCUUCAUUCAUGAUGAUAUGGUUGGCCCCAAGGAAAUGGCGGAGGCAAAGUUCCGGACCUUUCGUCGCGAGUUCUUCAACGAUGAGGCCUGCGCGGAAGUGAUCCGUUCAGUCACUGGAGGAGCAGGGCAACGCCUUCUCUCCAAGCUCAAAAGCAACGCGCAUCGCGCUGAUGUUUUCAGAUACGUUGAGCACUGGCUCCGCGGCGGCAUCUACCUGGACAUCAAGACGGCUUUCCUGAUCACGCCGCAGGAGCUCCACUCCUCCAUCGUGGCAGAGUGGCGGCAACAGCCACUCCUCUCCGACCUUGCCUCCCAAGCCUAUGGCUGGGAUGCCGACACCUUGAGAGCUAGCGGCCCUCCUGAUUAUUUUCUCACGGCCAUCGGUCAGAAAAAGGACCACAUUUUCCAGGGCAUCCUCCUGGGACGACGGCAGCACCCCCUCAUGACGGCUGCACUACGCCAUGCUUUUCAGCACAAGUAUGUGGAUGCGCAGGGAGCCAUCAAUGAGACGUAUCUCUUUUUCUGCAUCGCCCUCUAUGAGAUCGUACGUCAGGACCUGCUCAAUGACCAGGCCCUCCACCCGACAGCGCAAGGCCGCAGCUUGGCCCCUGGCUGGCACCUCACUCAGACCCUGGGCCCGAUCUAUUUGCUGCAGGAGAUCCAUGAAAAUGAGUUGCGGAGAAUGCAGGGCGUGCCUUUGAAUGAGGGACAUGGGUUCCGAACAGCCACCGGGCAGCUUAUUGCCCUUACUCGGUGCUGGGGCUGGAACAAGGGCUGGAAGGCAGACCCGGCUUCCACUAAAGCCAACAAUGAUGCCAUCCUCCGUGGACUCCCUACCGCACUCCACGCUGCGCAGGAGGCUGGCAACGCCACGGCCCAGCGAGGCAACGCCUCCUCAACUCCGGUCCCCACUGAGGCAACCAUUCAGGCUCAUGUGCUCGAAGCUCUUGACACCAGCCUUCUCGACAGGAUUGUGCAGCUCAUCGAAAAGUGGCCGCGGUACUAUGGCGAGCUCACCAAGCAGCAAGUCCAGGAGCUCAUCCCGCGCGCGGCGCUACAUGGCAUCACGCUGGGGAGGAGGCCUACGCCAGAGCUGCUACUAGGCGCUCAGGCCCGACUGCUGCGGCGGCUUCCUCCUCGGAUUCUGGAAACCAGAGGCCCAACGAGCCUGCCUCCCCGCCGCCAUACGUCGCACCGCGACCGGCCAUCCUUGAUGCACCGCAUCGUCAUGAAGCUCCUCCUCAAGAGCCAGAAGACACUCCUCCCACAAUGGAGGAACUUUGUGGCGAAGGACUUCUAUGACUGGGUGGUGGCUGUAGCGGAUCUCCAGUCGCUGACGGCUCCUGAAGUCGUGGGUGUUCUUCAGCCCCAGGAGUUCACAGCGAUCUGGAACGCCCGACUUCAGGUCCUGACCAAGCUGCCAACCGUGCUUGCAGGCCUCAGCAGGGUCUACCAGAAACCUGAAGCUGAUCGUAAGGACCUCAGCUGGCGCUCUGUGAUCUCGGGCCGGCUCGUUGUCCACCCCUCCGGCCACCUGACGAUGGCCACGAAGGACCGCGCCGGUCAAGAGCACAUCCAUCCCAAGCUCACGACCUGGCUCGGGGGCCUUCAGGCUACCAUCAAAAAUGGGGUCCCCUACGCUCUCUUCGAGGGCAAGCGUGUGGCUACUCAGGAUGAGUUCCGCCUCUUUGCGACGACCCUGCAGACCAUCUACGAGGCGGCCACCAAGAAGGCACACCAGCCUUCCCAUGUCAAUAUUAUCCAGGCCACGCGCGACAGCCACCCCACCAUCAAGAUUACGCACGGCCAAGUCCUGGACAGCAAGCUGAACGUCAUCCGCAAUGUCACCGGCCAGCAACUUCGUAGUCGCCGUGAAAGGCAAGCUGAACAUAGGGAGAACAAGGAGUCCAGAAGGUCGGAUCCUUAUGGCUCCCAUGAGCCCUCAUCCGGACAACACUCCCGAUCUGCCGGCUCCCAGGACUGGCAAGACUGGCAGGACUGGGAUGAGAACUCCUAUGCUGCCAAGAACUCUGCUUACCACGGCUACUACCGCUGA